UCCUCUCUUUCUCUCUCUCUCGGGUCUGGGGACCCGCUCGGCGGCCGCGCUGCGUGGUGGGUGGGGGGGCUGCGAUGCAGCGACCGUCCGGGAGCCUCAGACACAGGGAUAUGCCAGAGCGAGAGACCGGGAGCGAGUGACAAGACAAGCGGCAGCCAGAGACUCCGGGGGCUGGAGAGACACAGAGAGAGAGACACAGAGAGAGAGAGAGAGAGAGACACACACACACAGGAGGCACAAACAGCAACAUCUCAGGACAAAGAGCAGGAGCCAGGCAUCUCCUGAUACUGAGGAUGCAACCUUCUCCCAGACUUCUCAUCCUGACCUUCCUCAUCCUCAUCAGCAUUCAAGUGGCUCAGGUCAUCCCGGAAGGCGCUGAGGAUGGCUGGAGGGUGUUCAGCUCUGCUCCCGACAGCGAGGGCAGGUGCAUCUGCACCGUGGUGGCCCCACAGCAGACACUGUGCUCCCGGGACGCUAGGACCAAGCAGCUGAGACAGCUACUGGAGAAGGUGCAGAACAUGACUCAGUCCAUCGAGGUGCUUGACCGACGUACACAGAGAGACCUACAGUACGUGGAGAAAAUGGAGACACAGAUGAGAGGCCUGGAAACUAAGUUCAAACAAGUGGAGGAGAACCAUAAAGCACAUUUGUCCCGGCAGUUUCAGGCCCUUAAAUCGAAAAUGGAUGAACUUAUGCCCUUGAUCCCAGUCUUGGAACAGUACAGAGCUGAUGCCAAACUGGUCCUGCAGUUUAAAGAAGAGGUCAGGAAUCUCUCAUCGGUGCUAGCCGAACUGCAGGAGGAGAUUGGAGCCUAUGACUACGAAGAGCUGCAAAGCAGAGUGACUAAUCUUGAAGAAAGGCUGCGUGCUUGCAUGCAGAAAUUAGCUUGUGGCAAACUGACGGGAAUAAGCAACCCCUUAACAGUAAAGACCUCGGGAUCGCGGUUUGGAGCCUGGAUGACUGACCCAGCGACGCCCGAAGGAGACACUACGGUAUAUUACAUGGACGGCUAUCACAACAACCGCUUUGUGCGCGUCUACAAGUCCCUGCAGAACUUCAUGAACGCCGACAACUUCACAGUCCACCGGCUGCCCCACCCAUGGUCUGGCACCGGGCAGGUGGUCUACAACCGAACGCUGUACUUCAACAAGUACCAGAGCCACAUCAUCAUCAGGUUCUACAUCCCGAGUGAGCGUCUGCUGACCCAGCGCAGCUUGCCCUACGCCGGCUACAACAACAUGUACCCCUACUCCUGGGGCGGCCACUCCGACAUCGACCUGAUGGUGGACGAGAGCGGCCUGUGGGCUGUGUACGCCACCAACCAGAACGCGGGCAACAUCGUGAUCAGCAAGCUGGAUCUGACCACGCUGGAGGUGCUACAGUCCUGGAACACAGGCUACCCCAAGCGCAGUGCGGGAGAGGCCUUCAUGAUCUGCGGGACUCUAUACAUGACCAACUCCCACCUGGGGGGAGCCAAGGUCUAUUACUCCUAUAACACCAACACAUCUACCUAUGAGUACACUGACAUCCAGUUCCACAACCAAUACUCCCACAUCUCUAUGCUGGAUUACAACCCCAAGGAUAGAGCGCUCUAUGCUUGGAAUAACGGUCACCAAGUCCUGUAUAACGUCACCUUAUUCCACAUCAUCAAAUCGGAUGAAUUGUAGUCCACACCGUGGAGCGGUAGGAGAAUCCAUGUAAAGAUAAUAUAUUCUGGUGAGAUCGCAGGCAAAACUGGACUCUUUUAAAUCAUUAGUUCUGGAUUGUUAUAGCGUCUGUUUUUUUUUAAAUCGAAUAAAGCAUGACCCAUUUCUGUUUCUGAAUUCAACGUUUAACGGAUAAUUGACAUUUAAAUGCUGAAAAUGUAAGUUUCACGACUUCCCUCGACUUCUCCCCCAAAACUCGACGCUGUGUCGGAGCUCGGAAGCACUGAGGCCUCGG